GUCCGUAUUCUGAAGUUCGGCAAGCAAGUGAUUGGACUCAUUCCGAAUUUUUACUGUGAUUUAUACUUCAUUAAUGCAGCUCUGCCGAUAUAGAAUAUGGAAACAAUGUUUUCUAUGAGGAAGCAUAUCAUGAGAUAUUUUUACAUCGAUGGACGGAACUCGCAUCAGCUGAGAAAAAUUGUUAUUCCCUUUGCUUUUGACGUAAACAUGGAGUGGUUAUUUGGCAAACGAAUAACUCCUGAGGAGAUGCUACGUAAAAAUCAGCGUGCCCUUAAUAAAGCUAUGCGUGAUCUAGACCGGGAAAAGAUGCGUAUGGAACAGCAGGAAAAAAAGAUCAUUGCAGACAUAAAGAAACUCGCCAAAGAUGGUCAAAUGGAUGCAGUAAAAAUAAUGGCCAAAGAUCUAGUGAGGACUCGCCGCUAUGCAAAGAAAUUUAUGCUCAUGAAAGCUAACAUACAAGGUGUCUCGCUAAAGAUACAAACACUACGCUCACAAAAUACCAUGGCACAAGCCAUGAAAGGUGUAACAAAAGCUAUGCAAACUAUGAACAAACAGCUAAAUCUUCCUCAGAUACAGAAGAUUCUCCAAGAAUUUGAGAAACAGUCUGAGAUAAUGGAUAUGAAAGAAGAAAUAAUGAAUGAUGCAAUAGAUGACGCAAUGGAAGAUGAAGGAGAUGAAGAUGAAAGUGAUGCUGUUGUCUCGCAAGUCUUGGACGAGCUGGGUCUGCAGUUAUCGGAUCAAUUGUCAGGAUUACCACAGGCUUCUGGCUCCCUAAGUGUGGCAGGUGCAAAACAGCCAGUUGCAGCUGCAGCAGGUACAUCAGAAGAUUCUAACAAUCUUGCAGACGCAGAUGCUGAUCUACAAGCUAGGUUGGAAAAUCUUCGUCGAGAGUAAAUACAGUUUUUAUAAAAGUACUUGUGUAGAUAGUUAGCUAGUAUGAACCUCGUGCUUCAUUUAAGGGGGUUGGGAACUGGCUAGAAUUACUCAGUGUUCAGUAAAGUUUUAUUAAAACAUACUAGUUUCUAAAAUUUUCUAAGGAGUAAUCCAAGAAAGAAGAAGCAAUCCAUUCCAUCAGUCUUAUACAACAGGUUACUUCUAUUUUGAUUAACUAUUAUAAAAUUUGAAUAUGAGCCAUUGUUAAGCACAAAGUUGUGCCUAACAAUGUUUCUAAAAAAUUUGUAUUUAGGUUCGGUAAUUAAUAAUCAAUACUUUUUGUAAUUCAAGUCAGUAGUCAGGCUCAUUUGUAAUAAUACAAAUAAUAAUAUUAAUAAUAAAUGUGAUAAAAACUCACAGCGAUAAACAAUUGCUUUUUACGUGGUUCAUGGAGAGAAAAAGUAUAUAGGUAUAUGUUAUAUAAAUAUAUAUACAUGCACAGUAUACAUAAAUGUUUCUGCAAGAAAAACCAUUAAUUAUUGUACAUUCAACGAGUAAUUAAUCAUGUGCACUUUUGUCGCGUGAUAGUAUGUAUAACUUCUCUUUAUAAAUGAAUCAAUCUUAUCGUCGUUAAUUUGUAACCACAGAUUUCGUCUUAUAAAGCUUUUUUAAUAAUUAAAUAAGUUUCCCUUAUUUUUAUACUUACCUAAUAUCGUUGUAAAACAAAUUCCUAAUAAGAAAUACGCACACCUAUUUUGUUUCUCCGAUUACACAGUCAACAAUAAUAAAAUUCAAGUGCCUUCAUCGUGUAUAAUAAACAGCGUAAAAAUUA